AUGGGAGGCUUUGAGGGUCAUCUGUACCCAGGGCUGUCUCUGUUCCUCUAUGGACUUUACCAGGCACAGCUCGUCUCUAGGGCCUUGAUCUGCAACUCCCGUGUCCAAUAUCCACCAUGUCGCCCUUGGGACCAAGGAAGAUGGGCAAAGCUACGGCAGAUCUAUUACAUUGGCCCCAUGAAGAUCCUAAGUGCCUUCAUUUUAGUAGCCCAAGAGUUGAACAGCGUUCAUGGACAGCUGGUUCUUAUCAGCAAGAUGUAUCACCAGAGAGACUUUCUGUACCGCAAACAGUGGCAGCACCUCACUCUCUAUUUGACCUUCUUCCUGACGGGGUGUGCAGAUACGGUGAGCCAGAACCUGAUGCCCCAGAGGUGUGUGGCUCUGGAGCAAGGCACCCAAGCCCUGGGCAUAUUUCUGUUUCUGCCCCUGAUGGUGUCUCACAUGCAGGACACAGAAGGAGUAGAACUGCAGUUUCACAUCCUGCUCACCCAGGCCAUGUUCCUGCUGACGGUGGUAGUGACUGCAGAGCUCUGGGCUCCCAAUGCCAUGCUGAUAUGGACAAUGAAGGCCUUUUUGUACAUGAUCACAGGCUCUUGGUUGGUACAGAUAGGCUUUAUGUUGUUCAAGCCAAUCUCUGGCUAUAAAUGGAUGGAUGAUGACAAAAAUGACAUAGCGUUUGCCACCACUUUCUUCUGCUGGCAUGUGGUCUUCAAUGCCAGUUUGAUGAUCUGGAUCUAUGGCUUCUCUUUUUUGUGGUAUUGCUACAUUUUUAUUAAAGACUGA